GAUCCCUUGAUUAUUAGCAUUCGGAGAAACUGCCACAUGUUCCUGACAGCAAGCGAAGCAGUGGUAUCUCCAGAUGACAGGCGCCACUAUGCUGGCCGCAGCUGAUGUAUGUCGCCACUUCUUGGAGGGAAAGUGUAGCUACGGUGAUACGUGCAACUUCAAGCAUUUCACCGAUGACAGGCCGGUCUGUCGACAUUUUCUGCAGGGCAAGUGCACCUACGGCGACGGCUGUGGUUUCAGCCACCAAGGCAAGCAUGCACCGCAUGCGGCGCCGUUGCCGACAGGCACAGCAGAUGACAGGUCGAUUUGCCGCCACUUCCUGGAAAAGAAGUGUACCUUUGGCGACCUCUGUCGCUUCAGCCAUGAAGUGACUGCUUUGACCGCUCCACCAGGUUCCAAGCAUGAAGAUGACAGGUCCAUUUGCCGGCAUUUCCUGGAGGGCAAAUGCAACUACGGCGAUCUGUGUCGCUUCGGCCAUGAAGUGCAUGAAUUGCUGGCCCCCGUCCCCGUCCAGGCUGUCUCACAAGACUCCACGAUGAGAGGAGAUGACAGGUCCAUUUGCCGGCAUUUCCUGGCGGGCAAAUGCAACUGCGGCGAUCUGUGCCGCUUCAGCCAUGAAGUGCAUGAAUUGCCGGCCCCCGUCCCCGUCCAGGCUGUCUCACAAGACUCCACGAUGAGAGGAGAUGGCAGGUCCAUUUGCCGGCAUUUCCUGGAGGGUAAAUGCAACUACGGCGAUCUGUGCCGCUUCAGCCAUGAAGUGCAUGAAUUGCUGGCCCCCGUCCCCGUCCAGGCUGUCUCACAAGACUCCACGAUGAGAGGAGAUGACAGGUCCAUUUGCCGGCAUUUCCUGGAGGGGAAGUGCAACUACGGCGAUCAGUGCCGCUUCAGCCAUGGUCAAGAAUCUUCAUUACUUGCAGGCCCCAUGACUGUGGAUGACAGGUCCUUUCCUUGCCGGCAUCAGACUGUCCCACAAGGCGCACCUUCAAAUCUGGAUGACAGGCCGCAAUGUCGCCACUUCCUGGAGGGCCGUUGCACCUACGGUGACAUGUGUCGCUUCCGACAUGGAGGUGAGAGUUGUGCGGCGCCUGCGUUGCCUGCGGCCUUUGCCGCACAACACCGUGCUGCGCCUGCGCCCAUGCGGCCGCAGCCGAUGGAUGAUAGGCCGAUUUGCCGGCAUUUCCUGGAGAGCAAAUGCACCUAUGGAGACCAUUGCCGCUUCUCCCAUAGUCAAGAUGGAGCUGAGGAGGUGCCUCACUAUGGGCCGAUCAGAGCCAAAGCACGAGUCUAAGUAGAGGAUGACGAGGAUGGAAAGAUUUCAGAAAAACAUGGAAAGAAAAGGU